AUGGCAUUCAGGCAGUUCGCAAUGCUGCUGUCCUUGCCUUUGGCUGUUUUUGCCGGAGCCGAGGAUGAGACCUGCGAUGAUCUGUCAGAGCAUGGGCUCUUGAAGCUACAUGAGCUGCUGGACGGCGAGGGCUGCAAUGCUGAGCGUGCCGUGGUGGCCAUCCGAGAAUUGUGGAACGCAUCCACGUCGAUGCAUGAGACUUAUGAUCAUUUGGCCCAGGUGGAGCUUGGUGCGCUUGGUGACUCCAAGUGGGCUGAGAGCUGCACCGCGUGCGUGAAAAUGGACUCCUGUCAUUUGCCUUCCGAGACGUUGCACUGUCAUACCAACCCAGACCGUCACUUCUUGGCCGACAACGGCGCCGACGGCGACGUGAUCUCCGCGAAGAACUUCUGGGAUGAUGUGAAGUGCAACUCCUGUAAGUUCAGCCUGAUGGGCAUGGGCGGGGCGAUCCAACUGGCCAUGGACGCCACUCCAGAGAGGUGA